AUGUCAAGUACCAUCGAAGAUCCUGGAGAUUGGGGCAUAGCUUUGCCCGCGUUUGAAGGGAUUCUCACUAAGCAGACAAGGACACUCCUCCGACCAUUCUCACGAUUUUCAAUCUCUUCUUUAUUCCGCUCUUCUACGGCACCAUUACCCUCUAUCUCCCUUAUGAGUCCUCUGCUCUCCCUUGCAGCCACCACCCCCGAUGACCACCUACCUUCCCAUAAGGAGGUCCUCAAAUCGCUUGAGGGAUUGAAGGACUUUGCCACCCAGUUCAAGCAAGUGGUGAUUAUACGAAAAUUCAAUGUUGAAGAUGAGGGUAUCCUCGAAUGUUUGGCUAAGCUCAUCGAGGGAUACUUAGCUGGAGUGUACGUUACUUCUAGAAGCUUGUGGGAUGAUCCAAUCACCUUGGGGAGUUUGGAAGAAGAAGCGGAAGAACUUAAAAUCGCUCUCAAACAAAGUUUACAAGGAUUCUUCGUCGUUCACCAAAUCUUGACUCAACGGAAUUGUCCAACAAACGAAGCAGACAGGCAUAUACUGGGAUCACUCUUCCCUUCGAAUCUGUCAAAGUUUCAUCAUCUCUCGCCGCUUCUCGCUCAUCCUCGUCAGGUCAUAGCAUACCUCCAGACUCAUACGACCAGACCUGUAGCUCAACCGAAGUUCAAGUCCCCCAUACAGAUUUCGAUGACAUCUGCUUUUCCUGAAUUGGUAUCUGACAAUGAAUUCCUGUACGUGAUGUCGCUGCUGGACAUACUCUCCAGCGGUAUAGAAAAAGUGGAGAUACUGAACGGACCAGCAAUUUCUAAGAAUGACAGAGGCAUGGAGGAUGACUGCGGAAGACCUCUUAGAGUGAAUAUGGAAAUCAAGAUACUCAAGUGUGAUUUGCUUUUAAGUGUGACGACCAAGAAGAUUGGAGAAGUGAAGAAAAGAGCUCUAGCUAAACUCGAAGGUGUAACUCAUGAAUCAGAAGUUGAGUCGCGAGGAAAUGACAAUGCUUCAGCUGGUGGUAAGGGGACAAAAGGCGACCAAGACGAUGUCAAACCUGACUUGAUUAUAAUACACGAUCUUUCGAGUAUAGCCUCGACCAAUCAAACUGGACGGGUUGAAUCAGAUAUUCCUGAGGAGGCACAAGGUGUCGCUUGGGAAAUGAUUACUGAAGAUUCCCUUGUGGAUUGCCUUCAAUCGGCCAAAAAUAUCAUCGAGCAAGGUCAAAUCGAUGUCUUAAAAUCACAUAUAGAAGCUUCCGACUGGUUAGGAGAUGAAGGGGUGUUUUACUUUAAGGGUCAAGCUGAAAAUAGGAAGGCAAAAUCACCAUCGCUUGAUCCAACUGAACGAUCGGAUUCCGAGAGCGAAUUUGACUUUGAAAGUGAUACAGAAGUCGAUUCUCUGAAUGGUCAAGAUGGUUCAGCCCAUCCUUGUCCUUUACGAACGAUUUUCAGAUUACAUGAUAGGUACGAAGAACAACGGCUCGCUAUCUGGCUGAAUCUUCCUUCGAGUGAAAGGUGUAAAAUGGGCUGGUUCAUGCGUGGUGAAGAUGGGAAAGUAGGAAGUACUUGGGACGCGUUUGGUUUAGCAGUCAUGAUGGAGUAUGAUACAGUAACCCUUCUUAAUCACGGGCUUGAAGCGGAUAAGUUAGAUAAGUGGGUCGAGUUGGCUUCCGUGAAGAAUACGAAGAGAAUCAAGAAAAGAGGAAGAAAGAUGACUUGA